CUUGCAUUGUUCAUUGAGUUGUUCAGGUCCCACAUUCUGUUCUCAAAAUCUCCCCAGUAACUCAUAAUUCAACUGUAUUAAUAAUCGCAGUUUAUAAGGCAGUGGUCUGUGGUGUAGGUGGAGGCAGUAGUGACUUUUUUUUAUAGUGUACAAGAGUCGCAACGUGGCACAUGACUUCAGGCACGAAAUUUUAGAACUCAAGAAGGCUUCAGAUCCAAUAUUUCAGAUGACUGGUCGGCUGGGAGUGUGCUGCUUUACAUUGCUGCAUAUCUUAGUAAAUGGAGCGAUACCUCAGGAGCGGAAGGAGGAGAGACAACUGCCAACCUCGACGCAAGAUAACCUCCUCGGCAACUCUUCCUCUUCCUCCUCCAGUCAAGAAAGUCAGACAGGAAGAGGGACUAUUAAUAUCACAGUCAUAUCCAGUCGAAGUAGAGUAUUCAUAGCUGUCGAUGGUCGAACGGUAGUGGAUGUGAACGACACUGAGCUGAUGGAGAAAGCUGGGCUAUACUUUGUUCUCUUGAACCAGUACGAUGGAUCUGUUAUAAUGAACAAGGUGUUCAACUUUCACGAGUACGCGUACAACGUGGGUGUUCCUUCACUCUUCACGUCCCUCUCCAGCGGGAGGAUCAUGGUGUUGGCUGUCAAGCUGGAUGCUGGGCUCAACAUGCCUCAAGGAGUACGACAACUGCUACAGGAAUUUGGAUCACGCUGGGCUCACCAUUUACACUUCAGGAGUUACUUAGCCUGGGUUCUCACCUCCCGAGGGCCUACCUUGGGUGAAGGGAACGUCGACCCGUAUGAGAUAACCACAGAAAAUGAAGAUGUCGACAACCUGGAGACUUGGACAAAUGAGGGAAGGAGAGACGGCCCCGUAAAGGUACAGAGCAACAUCUUCGCUUCCCCCGUCUACCUUGAGGUGACAGUACCUCUAGUUAUUGAAGGUGACUGCUGGGGGGAGAGAGAGAGAGCAGUUUUCUGUAGGAGUCACGAUGGCUAUGGUGAUCUAUGCCACUGUCAACACCCGGCGCCUCUCACCUACCACCCCCACCAGCUGGAGAACACUGUUAUCGAUAACGUCCCCGUGGUCAUAGUAGCCAGCUCCAGACCUCAGGAGCUGUACAGGUGUCUGGUAACAGUGCUACGGCAGGAGGGAGGUGACGUGAGCAGGGUAUUGGUACUACUGGACGGUUAUAACACCGAGCUGAUCGCCCUUCUGCAGCUACUGGGGGUGAAGUAUCAGGUAAACAACAUGGAGGGGCGGACGUUCAUCAGUAGGAGUGCUCGUAUCUCUCACCACUAUCGCUUCUCCCUCCACGCCUUGUUUAACUCCUUCCCCAACGCCUCUAAGGCCAUCGUCUUGGAGGAGGACCUGUUAGUGUCACCGGACUUCUUCAGUUACUUCAACCAGACAUCGUGGCUGCUGGAGGCUGAUCCAAGUAUCUUCUGCAUCAGCGCCUGGAACGACCUCGGGGCCCUGCACACAGCCACGCACCCCUCCAGGCUGUACAGGGUAGAGACACACGCGGGCUACGGCUGGAUGCUCACUAGGGAGCUAUUCGACUUCAUUUACCCGAUCUGGCCCAGCCCUUACAAGAACCAUGACUGGGACAUAUGGUUGCGGAGUCCUAACCUCCGGGCGGGGCGUGAGUGUGUAGUGCCAGACGUGUCCCGGACCUUCCACAACGGCAUGAUGGGGACCCACAUCAAGGGCGUAAUGACCCACUCCCACUUCACCGCCCAUCCCGUCACCGCUGUUCCCGCCAUACCCCUUCACAACGUUCAUAGGAUGAAGCUAGACGAAUACGAGGAGGACCUUUACCACACCUUAGAGGGCGACACUGUGUACUUCCUCAACAGCACCCACCAUCCAUGUACUGAAUCCUACAUCCCCAGGAACUUUACGGCUGGUCCAGUCGUCCUCUUCAUCUCAAUGACCAGCGAUAAUGACUACCCUACUUGGCUCAAAUUUGGUGCUUGUCUGGGAGUAUGGAACAUAGACAUCCGUUCACACCACCGUGGGAUGUUCCGCUUCACCUUCUACAACACCGAGCUCUUCAUCAUCGGUUACCCCUUCAGCGACUACAGUUAUCUGAAGCCAUCGUGGGUGCACGUGAUAAAGAGACCGACGGAGUGGGAGAUGGGUGUCAUGGGCAUUAGGGUCACCGAGAACAGGUGGAGGUACAGGAGGCCGGAGCUGGAGGUGUUAUCGCCAUACCUGCUGACGGAGAGGUCGACCCCCAAGCCAGCGUUUACCUUCAUGUAGAUACAGCCUCAUCGUCCUUCAGUUAUCGUACUCAGUGGAUUAGUUUAAGCCAACUCCUGUAUUAAUAUUUAUAGGCAACUCUCUUAUUAAGGUAAUACUUAGUUUUUUUUAUAUACGUAGUAAUAUUAUUGAAUAAAUUGAAAUAUUAAUAAAAGUUAAAGAUGG